GAGUAAGAAAAUGUAAAAUUAUUUAAAGGGAGAUAACACUGCUGGUACUUCCUGUUGAGAAAAAAUGACAUCGCUUGCCCUUGGUCUCCGUAACGGCCUAAAGAAACAUAUUUCUCUCCAAAACUGCAGAGGAAUUUUUGUAUGUGCUGUAACAGCUUCAAAUAAAUCUCUGAAGACGAGUGAAAAAAAUGAAGUUAUAGUUGAUGAAAAGCCUGAUCUUGCAGUAUUGUCAGGAGUACCAGAGGAACAGAUAAAGACUCGUCAAGUUAGAAUAUUUAUGCCAGCCAAAAAUGCUAUGCAGUCAGGAACAUAUAGUCAAAGACGAUGGAAAAUUGAAUUUGAUACUCAAGAGAGAUGGGAAAAUCCAUUGAUGGGAUGGACAUCUACAGGUGAUCCUCUCUCCAACUUGAACUGCACAUUCUUAACACCAGAUGAUGCUAUUGCUUUUGUAGAGAAAAAUGGUUGGAAGUAUCAUGUAGAAGAAAGUAAAGAAACCAAGUUUAAACCAAAAUCAUAUGGAGCAAACUAUAGCUGGAACAAAAGAACUCGAUCGUCAACAAAAUAAUAACAAUUUUCAAAUAUUUAUACUUGUUUGUUCUUUGUACAUAUUAAAAAAUCAGUUUGCA